AAUGUCAAAUAUACAUCAAUUCGAUGAUUUAGAUUUAGAUUCAUUACUUUUCAGUGUUAUUAAUUAGGGUAUAACAUUGUAAUUCAAUUAAUCUAUAGAUAAUUAAGCUUAGUUUCCUAUUAGUGGUUUAUCCUAGCUUAUUACUAAGCUAUCAAAAUGUUGGUACUAGUUCUCGGAGACUUACAUAUCCCACAUCGCACCGGCAGCCUGCCGCCCAAGUUUAAGAAGCUGCUACUGCCAGGUCGCAUCCAGCAUAUCCUGUGUACUGGCAACCUCUGUACUAAGGAGUCCUAUGACUAUUUGAAGACCCUAGCCAGUGAUGUGCAUGUGGUUAGAGGAGAUUUUGAUGAGAAUUCCACCUACCCAGAACAAAAAGUCAUAACCGUCGGCCAGUUCCGCAUCGGCCUGGUCCAUGGACACCAGGUAGUCCCCUGGGGCGACGAAGAGUCCCUUGCACUGGUGCAGAGGCAGCUAGAUGUGGAUAUCCUGAUUUCUGGACACACACACCGGUUUGAGGCGUACGAGCAUGAGAACAAGUUUUAUAUCAAUCCAGGGUCUGCUACUGGAGCUUACAGUCCACUGUUCAGGAACCCAACGCCGUCAUUCGUGCUAAUGGACAUCCAGAGCUCCACCGUGGUCACAUACGUGUACAAACUGCUGGGCGACGAGGUGAAGGUCGAGAGGAUCGAGUACAAGAAGGCGUAGUAUAUACAUCUAUCAUAGAUUAAAGUGUUAAGAGAAACUAUUCCAUAUGGAUAAAUGCAACGAGAAAUUGAAAUAGAGGUGGAUUGUCAAAGAAAAUGUUGUAGCCACAGUAAAUUUACUGCCAUAUUUCGACACAUGAUUAAACCUUAUAGAACACCAUUUGAUUUUGAUCCUUAUUCAUAUAUUGAUAUGUGUUAAAUUUGUUAAAUAUCAAAAUGUGGCGCCACCUAAUAGAUCAAAGGCUAAAGGUAUGGCGACAUCAUUUCGAGCGAUGGCGCAAUAACCUUUAGGUAGUGCCCGGUAAGAUGGCGCCACUUUUUGAUAUUUAACAAAUUUAACAUAUAUCAGUAUAAUAAUAAGCAUCAAAGUCAAAUGGCGUUCUAAAAGUUUUAAUCGUUUGUCGAAAGAUGGCAGUAAAUUUACGUGGCUACAAAGUUUUCUUUGACAAUCCACCUCUAUUUCAAAUUCUCUUUGAUAAUAUCAGUAUAAGAUGAACUAUCUGCAC